GCAGCUGCGGCGCAGAGUCCAGCCGCUGGUGCGCGGAGCGGUUCACCGUCCCCGAAGCGGAUCGGCCCAGCCAAUUCUCCUAGGCGCCCAGGCCCGGUGCGCGCGUGCGUGAGCGCGCUUGCGCCGCCGGGGCUGCUGCAAAGGGAGGAGAGCGGCCGCCUCAGGAGGAUCCCUUUUCCCCCAGAAAUUACUCAAUGCUGAAACCUUUCAAAGUGAUAUUAGAGACGUUGGAAUCACCAUGGAUGGAUUUUAUGAUCAGCAAGUCCCUUUUAUGGUCCCAGGGAAAUCUCGAUCAGAGGAAUGUAGAGGGCGGCCUGUGAUUGACAGAAAGAGGAAGUUUUUGGACACAGAUCUGGCUCAUGAUUCUGAAGAGUUGUUUCAGGAUCUCAGUCAACUUCAAGAGGCUUGGUUAGCUGAAGCACAAGUUCCUGAUGAUGAACAAUUUGUCCCAGAUUUUCAGUCUGAUAACUUGGUGCUUCAUGCCCCACCUCCAACCAAGAUCAAACGGGAGCUGCACAGCCCCUCCUCUGAGCUGUCCUCCUGCAGCCAUGAGCAGGCUCUUGGUGCUAACUAUGGAGAAAAGUGCCUCUACAACUAUUGUGCCUAUGAUAGGAAGCCUCCCUCUGGGUUCAAGCCAUUAACCCCUCCUACCACGCCGCUGUCACCCACCCAUCAGAAUUCCCUAUUUCCCCCACCUCAGCCAACUCUGCCCACCUCAGCACAUACCCCUGCAGCUGGCCCAGUACAAGGUGUGGGCCCUGCCCCCGUGCCCCAUUCACUUCCAGAACCUGGACCACAACAGCAAACGUUUGCAGUGCCCCGACCACCACAUCAGCCCCUGCACAUGCCAAAGAUGAUGCCUGAAAACCAGUAUCCAUCAGAACAGAGAUUUCAGAGACAGCUGUCUGAACCCUGCCACCCCUUCCCUCCUCAGUCAGGAGCUCCUGGAGAUAAUCGCCCCAGUUACCACCGGCAAAUGUCAGAACCUAUUGUCCCUGCAGCUCCCCCUCCCCCUCAGGGAUUCAAACAAGAAUACCAUGACCCGCUCUAUGAGCAUGGGGUCCCAGGCAUGCCAGGCCCCCCAGCACACGGGUUCCAGUCACCAAUGGGAAUCAAGCAGGAGCCCCGGGAUUACUGCGUUGACUCAGAAGUGCCUAACUGCCAGUCAUCCUACAUGAGAGGGGGGUAUUUCUCCAACAGUCAUGAAGGUUUUUCAUAUGAGAAAGAUCCCCGGUUAUACUUUGAUGACACUUGUGUUGUGCCUGAAAGACUGGAAGGAAAAGUCAAACAAGAGCCCACCAUGUAUCGGGAGGGGCCCCCUUACCAGAGGCGAGGUUCCCUCCAGCUGUGGCAGUUCCUGGUCACCCUUCUUGAUGACCCAGCCAAUGCCCACUUCAUUGCCUGGACAGGCCGAGGCAUGGAAUUCAAGCUGAUAGAACCAGAGGAGGUUGCAAGACGUUGGGGCAUCCAGAAGAACCGGCCAGCCAUGAACUAUGACAAGCUGAGCCGUUCUCUACGCUAUUACUAUGAGAAGGGCAUCAUGCAGAAGGUGGCUGGGGAGCGAUACGUCUACAAAUUUGUCUGUGACCCGGAUGCCCUCUUUUCCAUGGCCUUCCCGGACAAUCAGCGUCCAUUCCUGAAGGCAGAGUCCGAGUGCCACCUCAGCGAGGAGGACACCCUGCCGCUGACCCACUUCGAAGACAGCCCUGCUUACCUCCUGGAUCUGGAGCGCUGCAGCAGCCUCCCCUAUGCUGAGGGUUUUGCUUACUAAGUUUCUGAGUGGCUGAGCAGCCAAACCCUAGAGCUAGCAGUUCCCAUUCAGGCAAAUGAGGGCAGUGGUUUUGUUUGUGUUUUUGGCUGUUCCUUAAGCUUGCCCUUUGAGUAUUAUCUGGAAAACCCAAGCCAUCUCUGGAUUGGCACCCUUAAAGACAUACACCUUAAAGAUAGGAGUGGGAACGGGGAGGGGCAGAAAACCACCAAAAGGCUGGUGCCUCAACUCUGAUUCUGAUGAGGUUUCUGGGAAAAGAUCAAAAUGGAGCCUCCUUACUGUGGACAAUAUAUGCAAAGCAAUACCUUGUUCAGGUUAGUACCCACAAAACGGGACAGAAUGUGUGACAAUCUUCAUUGAUCAUGGGCUAUUAAAUGCCUUUACAUAGAAGGGCUCUAGUUUGCACAAAUUAUUGAAAAAGAAAUCACAAACCCAUAGAAAAGUACAUAGGCUAAGUUAGGGAGGCUCAAACUAUUAAGGGUUAAAAAUAUGUUUUGAAAUUUGGAGAGCUCUUCUAGCUCGAUCUGAAAUGUUUCCCAUUGGUCUAGAAAAAAGGGGAGAAGUCAGAACAGCUGUUACCCACUCCAUGGUUCUCAAAUUGUAAGUCACUGCUACUCUUGGGAACCUUUCUGGCCAUGUGGUCACCAAGUAGAGCAAGCCCCCUUUCCCUUUCCAGUCACAUGGCCGAGUGUGGACAGCUUUCAUUUUAGGAGAAGGGCAAUGAACACUUUUGACAGUAUUUUGUUUUACUUUGAUUUGGGGGAUUGUUUUGUUUUGGUGGUUGUUUUGGAAAAACAGUUUAUAAACUGAUUUUUGUAGUUUUGGUAUUUAAAGCAAAAAAAAAA